CACAAACGACAAAUUUCCAAGAAAAAGCGUGCACUGAGCCUACUGCUACUACUACCACUACCCAAUCCAGUAGCUGUACGGCCCUUACCUUUCUCACCAAACCCUUUUUUCUUACCAUGAAUUAAAAAACACAACUUUUUAUUUUUUUAUGUGAAGCCAGUAAGAGAAAACGACUAUAUUAAUCAAGGGAAGGAAGACCCAUAAUUGAACUGAACACACUAAAAAAAAAAAAAAAAAUCAUAGUUGUUUGUUGUUUUUGCUCAUUUACAGUGGGUUUUUGGUGUCUCUGAUUGGCGGGUUUCUCUCUCCUCGGUUUCUCGGUGCUCAAGAGAGAGAGAGAGAGAGGGAAACAUGUUUCCUCGGCUGAUUCAAGUUCAAGCGCACGAAGGAAUGAUGGGUCAGGAGGAUAUUCAAAUCCAAGGGGUUGGACUCGGCGGCCAUGGCCAUGGCCAUGGUCAGAAUCUGAGGGGUGACCCAUGCCUCGUCUUGACCUCCGAUCCCAAGCCCCGCCUCCGCUGGACCGCCGACCUCCACGAGCGAUUCGUCGACGCCGUCACUCAGCUCGGCGGUGCUAGUAAAGCUACGCCAAAGGCCAUCAUGCGGACGAUGAAUGUGAAGGGACUGACUCUUUUCCACUUAAAGAGUCACCUCCAGAAGUACAGACUAGGCAUACAGUCAGGAAAGGAUAUGGGUGAGGCAUCUAAAGAUGCUUCAUUCCUUUUAGAAAGCCCGAGGGCUGGUAAUUCUUCUCCAAAUUUGCCAACUUCUGAUAUGAACGAGGGUUAUGAAGUCAAGGAGGCAUUAAGAGCACAAAUGGAAGUACAGAGUAAAUUACAUUUACAAGUUGAGGCCGAGAAGCACUUGCAGAUUCGCCAGAGUGCCGAGCAAAGAUAUAUGGCCAUGCUUGAGAGAGCUUGUAAGAUGCUUGCAGAUCAAUUUAUCGGGGGUUCUGUUAUUGACACACACAACCAGAAAUAUCAAGGAUCAGGGACCAAAACACCAAUAAGUUCCUACAUCGACCCACUUGGCUUCUACUCGUCACAGUCAGUGGAGGUCGCUGGAGUGCAUGGCCCAGAAGAAGUGCCAAACGGUCUUUAUCCUUUAAGAGCUGACUGCUCCACCGAGAGCUGCCUAACAUCACAUGAGAGUCCUGGUGGAUUGACCCUGGAAGGGUCUCCGGGUGGAGGGAAGAAGAGUGUACUGAGCUUGGAAUCGACCGCAUCCUUGAUUUGGAGCGAAACCAAGGUGAGACCUCAAGAGGUUAAUGUGGCUCAAGUUGAUCGUCAUGGGAUUCCUGGGUAUGGCAUGUAGGUCAAGAUCUUCUCCAAUGCCUCCUCAUCAUCAAAUAAUUUGAGUAAGAUCUUCCUUUUCUCUCCAACCAUUAGAAUGUUCCCAAGUGUAAAAAAUUUAGUUUUCUAUUGCCUACGAGGUUUUGCAAGACCCGGGAAGUCAGGAACAAGUUGUCCCAAAUUGUAAAUUCAAAUUACUAAUGACGUUUAGAAAUUUAAGACGGUUUUGCUGCUAAACUUGAUAAACCCAUAUAUCUCCAAAGUUGUGAGUGAAAUCCCAGUUUGACUUUAACGCAAUUUCCUGAAACCAUG